AUGUCCCAAUUUAACGUUUCAAAACGUGAAGGUUUUGAAGUACGCAGUGGAAUAUAUACAUUCCGUGCAUGCUUCUUGCUUAAACAGCCAUUGGAUUAUCUGGAAAGUGAGAAUUUGAAGUUAUCGUACCAGCAAAUUACAGUAAGCCGACAAAUAGUUCAUUGUGAAAUGAUGUUUUGGAGCAUUUUUUGGGUAAAACAGGAGCAGAGAGGUUUUGAGGAUGUGGAAGUAUCAAAUACCAACUUUAUUAGCAUGCUAAUUGAAUCAUUUCCUUGGGAAGAUAUUGCAUCAGAUAAGGGAGUUGGGGCUUAUGCAGGCCUACAUUUGAAACGAGAAUACUCAAUUCUCACUGAAUCCAAAAACGAUUUACAUGAACUCGGGAUAAAGCCAUUUUUUCUUCAUAAUCGAAUCACACCAUUAAACUAA